GCGCGGCGCCCGCCGUCCCUCAGUCAGAGCUGCUCGUCUGAGGCUGCUGAGGCGACGGCCGGUGUCGUGGUCGCGGUACCUGUUCCAACACGGCUCGCGGGCCCGUGCCGGCUCCGGUCCCCGGCGCGGCUGUCCGAGCCCCUGCGGCGGGCGGGCGAUGGUGUGGCGGAGCACGCGGACGCGGGCGGCGCGGCGGCGGGCAUGAAGGAGGAUGGAAGGGCAGGACGAGGUGUCGGCGCGGGAGCAGCACUUCCAUAGCCAAGUGCGGGAGUCCACGACGGAGUUUCACUUUCGUUGCCCUGGCUGGAGUGCAAUGGCGCAAUCUUGGCUCACUGCAACCUCCACCUCCUGGAUUCAAGCAAUUCUCCUGCCUUAGUCUCCUGAGUAGCUGGGAUUACAGAUAUGUUUCCUUCUUUUUGCCAUUCUCUACAUUGUUUCCUACUUCAUCAUCACAAGAUACAAGAGAAAAUCAGAUGAACAAGAAGAUGAAGAUGCCAUCGUCAACAGGAUUUCGUUGUUUUUGAGCACGUUCACUCUCGCAGUGUCAGCUGGGGCUGUUUUGCUUUUACCCUUCUCAAUCAUCAGCAAUGAAAUCCUGCUUUCUUUUCCUCAGAACUACUAUAUUCAGUGGCUAAAUGGCUCCCUGAUUCAUGGUUUGUGGAAUCUUGCUUCCCUUUUUUCCAACCUUUGUUUAUUUGUAUUGAUGCCCUUUGCCUUUUUCUUUCUGGAAUCAGAAGGCUUUGCUGGCCUGAAAAAGGGAAUCCGAGCCCGCAUUUUAGAGACUUUGGUCAUGCUUCUUCUUCUUGCGUUACUCAUUCUUGGGAUAGUGUGGGUAGCUUCAGCACUCAUUGAUAAUGAUGCCGCAAGCAUGGAAUCUUUAUAUGAUCUCUGGGAGUUCUAUCUACCCUAUUUAUAUUCCUGUAUAUCAUUGAUGGGAUGUUUGUUACUUCUCUUGUGUACACCAGUUGGCCUUUCUCGUAUGUUCACAGUGAUGGGUCAGUUGCUAGUGAAGCCAACAAUUCUUGAAGACCUGGAUGAACAAAUUUAUAUCAUUACCUUAGAGGAAGAAGCACUCCAGAGACGACUAAAUGUGGGAAUGCUUUGUGCAGGAAAUCCAGAAGUUGCAACAGGAAGACAAGUGCCAGAAGAACAAGCUGGACAGCUACUUUUGGGAAAAUGGAUUCAGGAGGGAGGAGACAUGACAGCAAACCCACGGCUGUCUUCAUCGGUGGAAUACAACAUAAUGGAGUUGGAACAAGAACUUGAAAAUGUAAAGACUCUUAAGACAAAAUUAGAUCCUUGGAGUUCUUUUUCUGUGCUUCAGUCUCCUGUCUGGCACUUUGCUGCACAGACUCCAGCUAACAUAGUCUCCCCAGAUUCCCAUUUCAUGCUCUCAACUCAAGGGAUGAGCUGGGCUCAGCUUGUGUUCCUCCUUCCUGCAUCACGGCCUGGAAACUCUCAAGACAAGAGGCGAAAAAAGGCUUCAGCAUGGGAAAGAAAUUUGGUGUAUCCUGCUGUUAUGGUUCUCCUUCUUAUUGAGACAUCCAUCUCGGUCCUCUUGGUGGCUUGUAAUAUUCUUUGCCUGUUGGUUGAUGAAACAGCAAUGCCAAAAGGAACAAGGGGGCCUGGAAUAGGAAAUGCCUCUCUUUCUACGUUUGGUUUUGUGGGAGCUGCGCUUGAAAUCAUUUUGAUUUUCUAUCUUAUGGUGUCCUCUGUUGUCGGCUUCUAUAGCCUUCGAUUUUUUGGAAACUUUACUCCCAAGAAAGAUGACACAACUAUGACAAAGAUCAUUGGAAAUUGUGUGUCCAUUUUGGUUUUGAGCUCUGCUCUGCCUGUGAUGUCGAGAACACUGGGAAUCACUAGAUUUGAUCUACUUGGCGACUUUGGAAGGUUUAAUUGGCUGGGAAAUUUCUAUAUUGUAUUAUCCUACAAUUUGCUUUUUGCUAUUGUGACAACAUUGUGUCUGGUCCGAAAAUUCACCUCUGCAGUUCGAGAAGAACUUUUCAAGGCCCUAGGGCUUCAUAAACUUCACUUACCAAAUACUUCAAGGGAUUCAGAAACAGCCAAGACUUCUGUAAAUGGGCAUCAGAAAGCACUGUGAGACGCACAGACGGCGUCUUCUGCCACCAAGAGACCCGAGAACUCCAGACUCACGACAUUCCUGUCCCAUGUAGAAGCAUUUCCAUUUCAACCGUGGCCCCUCUUCAGAACCUAGACCUAUCAGUGCCAUUUUUUUUUUCAUCAUCUACGAAGAACUUGGCUAUGGCUGAUCUUUUUUAAAUUUAACUUUCUGAUGGACCCUGUAGUUUCCAGUUAAGUGCAGAUUCCUUACAGACAUAUAGAACAGCGCAUUCUUCUGUAGACAUUUGCUCAUGUUGGUAAAUACAAUCACCCAUAUGAAAAAAUUGUUUUCACCUGAUACGAAAAUGUUAGAAAAGGCAAACUCCGGGACUUCUAAAGAUUGACUUAAAUCCCAUUAUGUACUUUAUUCAGAAUGUAGAAGCUGACUUGAAAGGCAUCCUUGGUACUAAGUGAAGCUUCUUCAGAAAAUGCAUUUUUCAAAUGCAGUGGGAACUGCUUGUAGAUAUCAUUUUUGCAGUGUGUGUUGGAGCUGUAAUGGUUGCAAUUAUGUUUCUUAUUUCCUUAAAAGCAAAAAGAGUAGUUUCUGAUUUAUGUUAUAGAAUGAUACUGAUUAGACUUUGAGCCAAGGGGAAAAUACUAAAUUCUUUUAAACCUGGAGCCUUAGAGAGCCACAGGAAUAUCUUCUGUUGUACAGUCUAAUAAGCUGUGGUAGGAAGUAUCAUGUAAUCACAGUUUAAUGACAGUUUAUGUAUAUAAUUCAGUAUUCCCUCUGAUAACAUAGUUGCCAGUGUUUAAUACACUUGUAACUUGGAUUUUUACCUUAUAGGCUAUAUGUAUACUCAGUUUUUUAAAGCAUUUUUUUCAGAGAUCACUUAAUUCCCCAUGCUUCUGCAAUGCAUAUAAAAACUAUAAAUGCCGAGUGGUAGAAACUCCUCUUUCCUCAUAGUCCUCAGGCUUUGGUUACAUUUGCAUAUGCCAUUCGAAGCCUCCAGCUUUUACCAGUUUAACAUCCAAAGUUCACAGCAUCAGCAUUCAUGGUGUAAGAACAGUUUUGCAGUAUAACACGAUCUGAUAAUCAUUCAGUUAUUAAAUUGUAAAUAAUUAUUGGGAUGGUUUCUUGGCUUUAAGUCCACUGAAUAAAAACUAUGACAUUGCACUCUGUGUCAACCAUCCAGUAGGAUAGAAUACCGAAAUCUGUGCAUGCAAAAAUAGGAGUUGGGCCCAUUUGCACACAAUUCGUAGUUAUGCAAUCUGCUAUAUAAAUAUGUUCACAUGCACUGUGUGUAUGAAAAUAGAUUGUCUGUGUUCAGACAAAAGUAAAACAUUUUUUUCAAAUUGUUACAUUUAAAGGUUUUCUGGGAGAAAUUUAUGAAACGCAGGCUGUGUCUAUUUGACAUCAGAAAUUUCCACUUUAAACCAAAAUAAUAAGAAACUUUAAUCUGUAUAUUUACAACCUUUGUUGAGUACACUUCCCCCUUAUUUAUACGUCUGCAUUUCCUUCCGAGCUUCACAUCUUUCUAAAAUGCAGCUUGGUUUUAAAAUAAAAGAACAUUCAUUUUGUGAUUCUAAACAAGCUUCAGUAAAUACCACCAGUAUAGUACUGGUGAAUUUCUCAGCAUAAAAUCGACAUACCUAAAAAGUUAAUAAAAUUCAGCUCUUUUCCAAAUUCAUUGUUAUGCCUAUUGAAGUAUUAAUUGCCCAGGUUUGAUUUUUAGUGAAGCUUGGAGUCCAUACUUUGAGCAGACCAAGUGAAGGGAAGAACAGAAAGAAACUCAGGAGUAGAGUAGUAUCACUUCUCACUUACACCACUUUCAGGCAUGUCCACAGAGUUCCUAGAUACUUGGAAAAUGUCUGAAAAUUUUUAAGUAAAAUACUAAACUUUUCAAUGUUUAGCUCAACUUUUUGUUCAUUUGGAAGUUUCUCUCCAUCCGAGGACUUAAGCCAGUUUUGGAUUUGUAAGCCCUGAGUACAAUACACUUCCUGGAGGCAUCCUCACUGCUGUUGAAGCAAAGGAUAUGCAUGGGGUGGAAGGACGGCUUCGAACCUGGGACUCAGAUGCCUUGAGAACAAAUAGAUUGUUACAGCCUUGGGCUGCUGCGUAAUCACAGUUCCUCGAGGCUCUUCCUGAGCACAUGCCCAAGCAUCUGCCUCUGGAGAGACUGACUCCAAAUGCAGGUGCUUCCAUUGGAGCUAGGUCGGAGGCUGCUUUAUAUGACGAACUCCAGAAAUGGAUGCCAGAAUACGGAGGCCAAACCUUCUGAGUCUUGGUAAGGACAGUCGCUCUGGGGGUCCUCAUUUUACUGCAGUUCCUGCACGCCAGUGAAAGAGAGGAGAUAGACCCUGGAAGGCAGAGCUGCAGAUGCUCAUCAUCAGGUCAAUUCUGGAGCUACAAUUUUGUUUCCGACUGGAUGGGGAUGCACCGGUGACUGUCACAUCAAGCAGUCCUUUUAUUCUCUCUCCUUUAAUAUCGAUUUUAAAGGGCAUUAGGCACUAUGGUUCCAGAGUUUCUUGGGGAAAAUUUGCAGAUUCUUAUUAAUUGGUUCUGCAAUACUUAAAUAAAUUAUUUUACAAUGAUAA